AUGUUUCUCGGAUGGAGUUAUGCUUUAUUCAAAUGUAUUGUAACAAUUAAAACUAAUGGCUUUGACUCGUUUUCUUUAUUCCUUAAUACGUUUGAGUUAUAUUUGUUUUUGUUAUCAUUAUCUUUAGUUGGAUUGGUGAUUCUAUUUUUCAGAGGACAAAUAGAAAGAAUAAUUGGUGUCAUUCAUUUCACAACACUUCUUCUUAUAACCUUUUCUAUUUGUCAAUACCCAGAAACUAUCAAAAAUGUAUUUCUUCUUGAAUUAUCACUCCCAAUAGUAAUGAUUCCUUUGUAUUUUAAUGAUUGCUUUAAACUUCUAUCACCUUCAUCUAUUCUUAACAUCUUUAUUAUCACAUUCCCUGUGGCUAUUCUUGGAGAAUUUGUUUAUUUAUCUACAUCCUUCUUAAUUGUAGAUUUUCCAUUUGCUUUCUAUUUGAUAAUCAACAUUUUAUUAUUACUUUUAGGACAACCAAUUAUUCUUAUGGUUGUUAUUGCACCUGUGAUAAAGACAAAAACUCAUUUUGAUGAAUCAGCUCCUACUCAUGAUGUAACCAAAGAUGAUUAA